AUGGCUUCGGGGCGCGGUGGGAGAUGGCUUACCAUCCUCCUGGCCCUGAUCUUGAUUGUAAACCCAUCCUUGGCCUCCGACAGCGUCUCCGUCCUGGACCCCGCUGCUGCUGCCGAGGCCCCUGCCCCCGGAGCAAGCCCCGCUCCCAACCAUCUGCUGGUGAGCCUUGCCAACGGUCGCCUGGUGGCCCUGGACCCGGGCACCGGCGAGGAGGUCUGGUCCUUUGACUCCGGCGCGCCCCUCGUCUCCUCGGCUGCCUCGUGGGACGCGGCCCCCGCCCCGGGGUCGCGCCCCCCCGGCCCCCAGGACAUCGUCUUCCCCGGCACCGACGGCAGCCUGUACGUGGCGCGCGAGGGCCCCGGCACCUCCCCCGUGCGCGUGGAGCGGCUGCCGGUGAAGGUGGCGGACCUGGUGGGCCUGGCGCCCUCCCCCGCCGCGGACGGCAGCCUGGUGCUGGGCUCCCAGCACACCACCGUUUACGUCCUGGACGGGGACACGGGGCAGCUGCUGCGCACCGUCUACGACUUCGAGGGCGACCCGGGCAGGCUCCUGCCCCGCGAGCGCGGCGGGGUGCAGGGCCUGCUGCGCCUCCCCGCCCGACAGGACAGCGACGAUCAGGGAGGCAAUGGGGCGGCUGGGAAGCGGGCGACGAGGGACGGCCUCGACGCCGAUGCCGACACGCCACCCAGGAACCCCCCCCCGCGCCGGACCUCGGGGCCGGGCCCCAUCAAGGGGCGUGUGACCAUCACCGACAACACCGCCCCCGUCCCGCGCCGCACCGUCCUGGUGGGCAGGAAGGACUACGUGCUCCGUUCCGUGGACCCCCUGGUGGGUGAGCAGUGGAACGUGUCGUGGUCGCGACUGGAGGCCAUGGGGUCUCUGGGCGGGGGCUGCGUGACCCCGGGUCCGGGCACCGGCCCCGCCGACCCCGGGCUCCACCUGGCCGUGGGCACCGACCACUCGCUGCGACGCUACUCCGCGGCAGACGGCGCACAGCACUGGGCCGCGCACUUCGACUCCCCGCCCGUCUCCGUGGUCCGCGGCGCGGGCGGGCGCGAGCUGCUGCGCGCGCCCGGGGACGAUCCGGGCGCAGACUCGCGGCCGGCGCCGUCGCCGAGUCUCCUGUCGAGGCUGGGCGCGGGGCUGUGGAGCGGGAGCGAGGAGCGGCGGCUGGAGGGCAGCCUGCCCGGGCGUGGCGCGCCGGCGGAGAGCGUCGUGGUGGGCAUCAUGGAGGGCGCGGGCAUCUACGCCAUGCCCCGGGGCCGCCUGGCGGUCAUCGGCGACGGCGGGGACCCGGGAUCCAAGACCGCGCAGGUGCAAGCCGGCGCAGGCAGCCCCGCACCACGCCCGAGGAGGAAGCCGGGGAGCGCCCAGAAGAAGAGGUCGCAGCAGUCCCGCCUGAUCGCAGCGGCGAGCGUCGAUGCAGGCACGACGCAGGAGGGCCCAGCGAAUGGCGUGCGCAGCGAGGCAGCACCCGCCUCGCCUGAGCGUGGGAAGUCUACGUUCGUUGUCGCCAACGUAGCGCCCCCUGCCGACGGCAGUGAAGCAAAGGACGGCGUGCCCCCGCCAGGGGCAACCCUGGCAGACUCCAACGGCCUGGCGGGCAGUGGCGAGGGAUGCACGCCCGCCGCCUCCCCAGGGAGCUUGCAGGCAGCUGCGCCAUGCGAGGGGAUCCCUGCAGAACCCGAGCGCAGCCCCGCACCCUCGGACUCCGACCCUGCGUCCUCUGAUCCACCCCCCAUGCCGGCGGGCCCCACCCCCCUCCCAGCGCGCACCCUCCCGGGCCCCAGCCCCUCUGCGUCCCGCGGCGCGCUGGCCGUGGGGCGCAUGCUGGUGGGUCCCGGUAUCCUGGGCCUGGGGUCCGGCGGCACUGUAGUGUUCGAGGGGUCGCUGGACGGCCGUCCCGUGGCCGUCAAGCGCCUGCUGCGCCAGUUCUACGACCUGGCCGCCAGCGAGAUCCGGACCCUGAUCCUGUCGGACGAGCACGUGAACGUCGUGCGCUACAUCGCCAUGGAGGAGGACGCCCAGUUCUGCUACCUGGCGCUGGAGAGGUGCGCCGGCAGCCUCAACGACGUCCUGGCGGGGGGCGGGAGGCGCCUUGCCGCCGCCGACUUCUGGGACGCUGCGACCGGGACGCCGUCCGCGCUGGCGCUGCGCGUCGCGGCCGACGCAUGCCGCGGCGUGGCAGCGCUGCACGCGCGCGGCAUCGUGCAUCGCGACCUCAAGCCGCACAACAUCCUGCUCACCGCCGCCGGCUGCGCCAAGCUGUCGGACAUGGGGCUCAGCCGCCGCCUCGUCCCCGACCAGAUCAGCUUCGAGACGCUGGGCUCAGGUGGCAGCUCGGGGUGGCAGGCCCCGGAGCAGCUGGCUGCCCGAGACGGGCAGUCGGCGAGGCAGACGCUGGCGGUGGACGUCUUCUCCCUGGGCCUGGUGGUAUUCUACUGCCUGACCCAGGGCGAGCACCCCUUUGGCUCGGGCGUGGAGAGGGACGCCAACAUCUUCCACGGCAAGCUGCGCAUGGGCAGGCUGGAAUCACAGGCCAUAGCGGCGGACCUGGUGAGGGGCAUGCUGGCGCAAGAUCCCCGCCGCCGGCCCAGCGCAGCAGCCGUGCUGACGCACCCCCUCUGGUGGCCCUCGGCACAGCGCCUCGCUUUCCUCAUCGACGUCAGCGACCGCGUGGAGGGCGAGGACCGCGUGGAGGAUGGGUCGAUGUAUGAGGCGCUGGAGGGGCUGGGUCUGCUGGCCAUCCCCUCUGGCAGCUGGGCCCCCGCGCUCGAUUCGCGCCUUGUGAACAACCUGGGCAAGUACAGGCGGUACAACUACGCCAGCCUGCGGGACCUGCUCCGCGUCAUCCGCAACAAGCACUCCCACUUCCGUGAACUGCCGCUGGACCUGCAGGAGCGGCUGGGCCCGCUGCCGCAUGGGUUCCUGGCCUACUUUGAGGAGAGGUUCCCCUCGCUGCUCCUGGCGUGCUACUACUUUGCGGUUCGGCACUGCUCGGACGAGCCGGUGUUUGCCAAGUACCUCACGCCCGACAGCGCGGAGCUGGUGGAGAAGCUGGGCCCGCCCGCCGACCUGCGACGGACCCUGCCCGUCCUCCUGUCACCGGAUCGGCCCCCCUUUGAUCCUGGGCUCCGGGCGGAGGCAGGGGCCGGGUGGGCACGGGGCGGGCAGGGUGGUGCUGCGCCGCCAGCGGAUGUCGAGGGCGAACUCCCACGCCGCCCCGGCCACGCCAUCUGCGAGUUCUACACGAAGACCGGCCACUGCAAGUUUGGGCGGUGGUGCAGGUUCGACCACCCGCCAGAGUACGCCGUGCAGAGGAACGAGCAGGGGCUGCCCCUGCGGCCAGGCACGCCCGUCUGCUCCUUUUACGAACGUUAUGGGGCCUGCAAGUUUGGCGCAUCCUGCAAGUUCCACCACCCCUCCCUGUCCGGCCAGCCGACUGUGCGGGGCAGCCCCUGA